AAUCCAAAGGAGGAUACGCAGAAGUACAGCAGCAUCUCAUGUUUCUGGGAAACACAGCCAUUAGGCUGUGUGAGGAUCAGUUGUGUCUUCCAUCACAGCAAACCUCGUAAUAUAAAUGGACUUUUUCUGCCUCCUAGUAACAAUGUCGCAUUGCAGGAGGAGGUCCAAGAAGGGAUUCUGAAUCCAGCCUGUGGUCAAGGAUUAUUCAGAAGUCAGGAGAAUAUUUUAAGACCAAUUCACCCUCCACUGAUUAUAAACAUCAACCACCAAGAGGAUGAAGAGGAGGAUGAAGAGGAUGUUGAAGACAAAGAGAACAAUGAUUUUAAUUUGUUGGCUAAGACUGCUUCAGACCUUGAAGAGGAAAGAGCAAUAAAGGAAAUGUGCUAUAAAUCUGGAGAGUAUUAUAGGAUUCAGUACCCUCAGGAACACCAAUCAACAAAAAUCGUAUCUUCGUCUCUAGAAAAUGAGUUAUUGCCCUUGGAAGCUAUCAAGCAGGAUUUGCAGAAAGGUGAUGGUAAUACAAAUCCUACAAACUUUAAUAAUAUGAAAAGAAAGGGAGAGACUUCAGGAAGGAGAGUGUCAGUAGAGGGUAUUAACAGAACAGAUCAUAGAUCCUUUGAAAAUGGAGUUUGUCAGUGCAAAAUAAUGCAGUACCAUGCUAGGGAUGCUUGGUCUAGCUUUGAGCAAACUGGAGGUGAUUGUUUUGUGGCACAGAGAAACAUAUUUGUUGAAGGGAAAAGAAAUGAGGCACUACCUUUAGAAAAAGCACCAAUUGCAUCAGAGUAUUCAAAUGUAAAAGCAACAAGCCGCUCUGAAUUGGUAAAGAAGCAUCAUUUUAAGGGAGUAAAGAAAAAGAAAUGGAUUUCUGAGGAGCCAAGAAACUUAUCUAAUCCAGUAACAGGCAAAGAAAAUCACAUUUCAAACCCAAAAGUUAAACCAAGUUACCAACAAAGUGAUAAAAGAAAGGAUGAUGAAACUGCGUCUUCUAUUAUUUCUGCGAGACAAGCUGGAAGAAACACUUAUUUCAAUUCUUCAGAACCUCGAAGAUCAGCAUAUGUGUUCUACCGUAAUGUUACAGAUGUUCAAGAACCAAAGUUUAAUGGAUCUAUGGACAAAUAUACUUCAGGAUCUUGUAAUGCACCAACUUGGAGGAAAAGAAAUCCACAUGCAAAGACAUUCUCUAAGUUUAAAACAACCAUUCAGAGCCAAGAAGAAAUGGAAAUGAAUAUAAAAGGAGAAAGAUUUGUAAACAGGAGAAAGAUAUGAAGCCAAUACUUCAACUUACAAGAAAAAUUUAAAUUAAAAGAAGGAAAUUAACAAGUACUGCCCAACUGGACAUCAAAAGAUGAUAAAAUUGCAAAUCUCAAAAAUAAUCUGCAGGAAGUACACUUUAACAUUUUAUCAAAAGUGAUAAAAAUGCUAAUUAAAAAUGUAUGUUCUGUAUGUGCACAUAUAUAGGUCUUCAAUCUAUUCAUGAAGUUUAAUCUGUUGCUAAAAUUUAACGGUUGAAAUGAUUUAUUACAGGCUAUGGCUGUACACUUCAAGACUGAUAGCAAAAGAUGUCUGUAGAGGGGGAAAAUCCUUAAACAGAGUAUUCCCCCAUUUUGUUUGACAGAUACUUUAAUGAAAAAUUACUAAUACGAAUUAAUAUUAUUAGUUGCACUUGGCAGAUUCAGAAGACUUUGAAUGUAAACAGUAAUAUUAAUGCAUUCUAUAAAAUGGCUGUUUUGGUGUGAAAGACAGAUUUGUAGAUGAUGUAAUUGUUUUCCAGAUGUUUGAGGUCUCAGUCUGAGUUUGAUCUUGAUAUUUUGACAUUUUAGUAGGGCAGCAGAACUGUUAUAAACUAAAUGAACUUCACAACAAAACAAGAAUUAACAGAAAUAUGUUUUUCCACACAUUUUAAACAAAAGUAUAAGACUGGAUAAAGACAGAGAGGAAGACUGACAAGAAGACUACAACAUCACUUCCUGAAAAAAUAAACUAUAUAAAUGCUUUUAAAGUGAACAGUGACAACGUACGAAUAUUUCUCUAGAGAGCACAGAUUUGUUUUUAAAUCUUUUCUGCAUUUCCAUAAUCUUUAUUUUUUUUUCUUCUGUGAGACAGAUCGAUUUGGUUUCUUUCCUGUAAUUGGAGAGAAUGGGUUUUGAUAACCUUUAUUCUAGGAUUGGAUCAAUAUAUCAAACAGUAAACAGCACUGUGUAAAAAUAGAAUAACUGACACACCAGAAGGCAGGUGUAAGCAGGAAAUGGAGCCAGAAGGAGGAACUUCAGAAGAUGAAAAGGUAAAAAAUGCACUCAAAAGUUCGAAAUAGCUUUCUGGAAAACUGAAAAUUAUGUAAUUGUGGACCAUGUAACUGAAAGAAACAUGUUUCAAAGAUUCCCUCUGGAGAGUUAAGAAAAAGAGGGGCAAGGCAAAGGAUUCUGUCUUCCAUGAAAUACUGGUCAGUAGCCAAUGUGUGCAACUAUUGUACCUAACGCUAAAUUACUACAUAUAUGUGAAUUUAUAUCUUUGUCUCAAACUUUUUUCCAUUUUUUUUGCAUUUACUUAACCUUUGGUCAUUCUUAAAACAUACUCAGUUUUGGAGGAGAGCCCUUCAAACAUUUUUUUGGAGCACUGUGAUCCAGUAAUUACCUCAGUGGCACCCAUGGCUAUGAAUUUAAAAGCACUUUGCUUCUUUGUGACUGUUUAGAACAUAAAAUUGUAUCAGAUGCUUUCCAGGGUGCCUUCUAGCUGAAAUUGUUCUAUCAUUCUAUGAGAAAUAUCAUCAUACAUUUCUCAGUCCUACUUUACUGAGAAUAUCUUGCAAAAAAAUAGGCUGGUAAUGCUUUAAAUAUUAUUACUUUUCAUUUUAGAAAUUUAAUUUUUAAUAAUUUAAAUUUAAAAAAUGCUGUAAUGAUUAUAACUGUGUAGGCAGUUGGGCAUUCCUUUCUUAGCUGAGAAAAGAAUAGAUUAUCUGUUUUAGCUGAGAGGUAGAAAAUGUUAAAAAACAAAACAAAAAAACAGGUAACAUCUUUUUAAAAUCAGUGAUAAAGUGUACUGAAAAUGUCUUUCUCCCUCUAAUUAAACAUUGGAUUCUCAACUUGUAUCACACAAUGCCUUGCAGCAACAUUUUGUAUCUUGUCUGCCUGAGGCAGCUUAAAAUCUUGAUUUGGAGGGUUAUUCUACCCAGUUAUUUUUUAACAUCUAGAAAAAUACUUUUACUCUCAUUUUCUAUGUCAAAUAAACAUAAAUUUUACAUUUACUGAUUGUUCAAUCUCUCUCAUUUAGAGGAUUGAAUUUGGCAGGACCAUAAAUCGAGCAGGGCCAAACAUUAUUAUUAUGGUCUGUUUUUUAGUAUUUAAUUAAAAAGGGUUUCAGUAUUUAAAUUUUGCAAUUUAUUUGGUUUGAGAGUAGCAGUGCAAAGAUCCCACUAUGCCUUAGUAAUUUUAUUUCAGAGUACAGCUGAUACUCUUUGCUUGCUUGGGUAUUAACCUAUUGAUUUUACUUAUCAAUGUACUGUACAAAGAAGUGGAAGUUUGAGAGUUCAUUACAAUUACUAACAGUGUGUUUGCCAGAAACUUACUUAAAAUUACUAAAAAAAUUACUAAAAAGAUGGGCAAAAAAUUUGAAUGUUACUGAGCGUUCCAGCAUCAGAUAAUGACAGAGUAGGUGGUGCCACAGUUUUAGACUUUCCUGGUGAAUCCAUAUUUGAUCAAAUAUGUUCUGAGCACUGAAUGGUGUGAAAAACAAACAAACAAACAAACAAAAACCAUAAAUGGCUGACAUGGUUUGGAUUUGAAACAGUAACAAAGUGAACUUCUAGCCUCCAAAUUUAUGAACUUAACAGUGAACUAGAAGUAAGCUGAAGUUCAUUACUUUAUGUAUUUUCUAAGUAUAUAUUGUGAAAUCUGAGAAAGCAUUAUGACAUCUGAAAAUAUAAAUAUUACAUUUGAUUCUUUCCCUUAACUGUAUUUAAACUCAAAGAGCUUUGUCAAUCUAUGUAUUUAUUAUAGUUCUGAGCUAAUAUAAAAAGGAAGUAAGU